CGGACAGACGGACAGACGGCCGGCACCGGCGGACGGGCCGCGGGCCGUCGGGAGCAGGUCUGCCCUCCCUGCCUCUGGCUGCCACCAAGUUCACCAUGAGCCAGUUGGGGUCUAUGAGCUGCUGCCCGGGUGCUGCCAAUGGCAGCCUGGGCCGGUCUGACAGUGUGGCUGGUGUGGCCAAGAUGAGCGCCAAGGACCUGUUUGAGCAGAGGAAGAAGUACUCCAACUCCAAUGUCAUCAUGCACGAGACCUCGCAGUACCACGUCCAGCACCUGGCCACAUUCAUCAUGGACAAGAGUGAGGCCAUCACAUCGGUGGAUGAUGCCAUCCGGAAGCUGGUGCAGCUGAGCUCCAAGGAGAAGGUGUGGGCGCAGGAAGUGCUGCUGCAAGUGAACGACAAGUCGCUGAGGCUGCUGGACAUCGAGUCUCAGGAGGAGCUGGAGAACUUCCCGCUGCCCACUGUGCAGCACAGCCAGACAGUGCUGAAUCAGCUGCGGUACCCCUCCGUGCUGCUCCUGGUGUGCCAGGACUCGGAGCAGACCAAGCCCGACAUCCACUUCUUCCACUGCGACGAGGUUGAGGCAGAGCUGGUGCAGGAGGACAUUGAGAGCGCGCUGGCCGACUGCCGCCUGGGGAAGAAGACGCGGCCCCAGACCCUGAAAGGCCACCAGGAGAAGAUCCGGCAGCGGCAGUCCAUCCUGCCCCCACCCCAGCCCCCAGCCCCCAUACCCUUCCAGCACCGGGCCGGAGAGUCUCCCCAGGCCAAGAACCGCGUGGGCCCCCCAGUGCCACUCAGUGAGCCAAGCUUCCGCCAUCGAGAGUCUCAGGACGAGGAGCCCCGGGCUGUGCUGGCUCAGAGGAUUGAGAAGGAAACGCAAAUCCUCAACUGUGCUCUGGACGACAUCGAGUGGUUCGUGGCCCGGCUGCAGAAGGCAGCAGAGGCUUUUAAGCAGCUGAACCAGAGGAAGAAAGGGAAGAAGAAGGGGAAGAAAGGGCCGGCAGAGGGAGUCCUCACGCUGCGGGCACGGCCCCCCUCCGAGGGAGAAUUUGUUGACUGUUUCCAGAAAACCAAGCUGGCCAUCAACCUGCUGGCAAAGCUGCAGAAGCACAUCCAGAACCCCAGUGCAGCAGAGCUGGUGCACUUCCUCUUCGGGCCUCUGGACCUGAUUGUCAACACCUGUGGAGGCCCAGACAUCGCACGCUCCGUGCUCAGCCCCCUGCUCUCCCGGGAGGCCGCUGGCUUCCUGCGCGGCCACCUGGUCCCCAAGGAGAUGGCACUGUGGGAGUCGCUGGGGGAGACCUGGACGAGGCCCCGCUCCGAGUGGCCCCGGGAGCCUCAGGUGCCCCCCUAUGUGCCCAAGUUCCACAGCGGCUGGGAGCCCCCCCUGGACGUGCUGCAGGAGGCUCCCUGGGAGGCGGAAGGACUGGCACCCGCGCCCGAGGAGCAGCUGACCCCCAUGAGCCGACUGUCCACGCGACACUCCCCCAAGCACAGCCUCUCCGCUGAGCCUGCCGGGCCCCCAGAAGCCUUCGCGCCCCUCAGCUCCCCACAGGCUCACAGGGGCUACCAGCCAACAUCAGCCAUGACCAAGUACGUGAAGAUUCUCUAUGACUUCACAGCACGCAACGCCAAUGAGCUCUCUGUGCUCAAGGAUGAAGUCCUGGAGGUGAUGGAGGAUGGCCGGCAGUGGUGGAAGCUUCGGAAUCGCAGUGGCCAGGCCGGCUAUGUGCCCUGUAACAUCCUGGCUGAGGCCCGGCCGGAGGACGUGGGGGUGCCUCUGGAUCAGGCGAACCAGAAAUACUGGGGUCCCUCCAGCCCAACCCACAAACUGCCCCCAACUUUUGCGGGAAACAAAGACGAGCUGAUCCACCACAUGGACGAGGUCAACGACGAGCUCAUGAAGAAGAUCAGCCACAUCAAGGCGCAGCCGCAGCGACACUUCCGCGUGGAGCGCAGCCAGCCCGUGCAGCUGCCGCUCACCUACGAGUCGGGGCCCGACCAAGUCCGCGCCUGGCUGGAAGCCAAGGCCUUCAGCGGCAGGAUCGUGGAGAACCUGGGCAUCCUGACGGGCCCCCAGCUGUUCUCGCUGAACAAGGAGGAGCUGAAGAAGGUGUGCGGCGAGGAGGGCAUCCGCGUGUACAGCCAGCUGACCGUGCAGAAGGCGGUGCUGGAGAAGCAGCAGAGCGGGUCGGAGCUGGAGGACCUCAUGAGCAAGUUUCAUUCCAAGAGCCACAGGAGGACGGAGGACAGCUAGACCCGGCCCGCGGCCCGCCCAGGGCGUGGAGUUCUGUUGUGUGUGUGUGUUAUUUUAUGCCGAGAACAUGAUGGGCGGGCUGGGGCGGGCUGCCUGCCCCCAGGUCCCCCCACCCCCGGGCCCAGCAGUACCUGUGGGUGGCCCUCAGGCCCCUCUCAAACCAAGGCCAGCCUCUGCCAAACCUGGCCUGGGCAGUGCCAGCCCUCCUCCACCUGCCCCGCUGCCCCAGGGCCCCCCAGGUGGGUGAGGACUCUUUCUCUGGCCUCCCCUCUGGCAGACAUUCUGACCCCCAUCUCCAUGCCUCUCCCCAGCUGCUUGCUUCUACACCCAUCUGCCCACACUGCAGGACAGGCCCAGGCCCCAGACUGGCCAGGCUGGUGACCUGGCCUCCAGAGCCGUCUUCC